AUGGACAUCAGAGGAAAACAGCCCUCGACUUGGGACGACUACGAUGGCUCCGCCAGGGCCUCAAUCGACUCGGACACGGGCAGCCGUGUGCAAUGGGACCGCCUCGAGAGGCGCCCCAGUGGCGAGAGCAACGCGACAAACGGAGGCCGAUGGUCAGGAGCGGCGACUGAAUUGCGGCGACGGCGAUCUUCCAUCGGCCAGCAGUUUGGCGCACUGGGCGACGCUGGCGGCGUAAACAGUAUCAACAAUUUCGCGCGAUCAUGGCAGCGUGCAGCAGGCUUCUUCGAAAUCACUCCUGUGCGACCCUCAUUCCGCGUUGAGCAUGGCGACGGCGAUAGCGACGGCGCCGACGAAGACGGCGACACCGAUGCGGCGGAUUUUCCGCGCAGCGACCUCCCAACUCCCGUCCCAGACCAGCGAUCAGCCCUGCGCAAUGCCCUACAGACCGAGGGAAGGCGUGCAUCAGACAAUGCACUCACAGAUGAAGAGCAAGGUGCCACCGAGCAGACCCAGCUGCUGCCCCAUACAGUCGAGCAGCGCCUGAGAGCAAGGGGAUCUAGCAUAUUCCAGAUUGAGCCCUCGCUAUCUUCGCCCUUUGGAGCAAGCUACGGCACUGCCUACGGCAGUCUGAGCUCGCGCGUCAAUGAGUCCUCAAUGCGCCAUGCCGGGCGAUUGUUCACCGAGCAGCAGCUCAAGGGCGCUACAGAGCCCGAACAGGAGCGAGAACCGCUUCUUGUCAAGCAAGUUGAAGAGGAUGGUCAUAUUAUCAACGUGGUUGUGGGUCAAUCUACCAUGCCCCAGACCAUUUUCAAUUCGGUCAACGUGUUGGUGGGUGUGGGACUGCUCACCCUUCCUCUGGCUUUUAAGUACUCGGGUUGGCUGAUUGGUAUGGUUUUCCUUGCCUGGUCAGCCGUUGUCACUGCCUACACUGCGAAAUUGCUUGCCAAGUGUCUGGAUGUCGAUGGCUCCUUGAUCACUUUCGCCGAUUUGGCUUAUGUUUCAUAUGGCUCAAAAGCCCGAGUGGCCGUCAGCAUGCUAUUCUCCCUUGAGUUGCUCGCAGCUUGCGUUGCACUCGUGGUCUUGUUCGCUGAUAGUAUGGACGCGCUGAUUCCUGGAUGGGAUAUCUUGCAAUGGAAGAUCUUGUGUGGUGUGAUUUUAAUACCACUGAGCUUCCUGCCGCUCCGCUUCUUGUCAUUUACAUCGAUCUUGGGUGUCAUGUCUUGCUUUGGAAUUACCAUCGCAAUCUGGAUCGACGGUCUUGUGAAGCCAGAUGCCCCCGGCUCCAUUCGCCAACCAAUGCCACAGUACCUGUUCCCCGAUAACUGGCUUACCGUUCCACUCUCCUUUGGUCUCCUCAUGUCUCCCUGGGGUGGCCAUUCUGUUUUUCCAAACAUUUACCGCGACAUGCGACACCCUUACAAGUACCGCAAGUCUGUCAACGUGACCUACAUCUUCACCUACAUUAUCGACGUUGGAAUGGCAUGCGCUGGCAUUCUCAUGUUCGGCGAUGGCGUCUUGGAAGAAAUCACGAGCAAUGUCUUUCUAACCGAGGGUUUCCCUAAGGGCCUUUCAGUAUUCAUCGCCAUCUGCAUUGCCAUCAUCCCCUUGACCAAGAUUCCGUUGAAUGCUCGACCCAUUGUAAGCACCCUCGAGCUUCUCUUUGGCCUAGACGCACGAUCUCUGGCCAUGUCACCUUCCAUGGACGGCAUGGAUGGCCUCACCCGGGGAUUCUUCAAGAUCUCCUUACGCAUCAUCACGAUUGUUUUGUUUGUUUUCAUCGCUAUUGUUUUUCCCUCGUUCGAUCGCAUCAUGACACUUCUCGGAAGUGUCGCUUGCUUUAGCAUUUGCAUCAUCUUACCGUUGAUGUUCCAUCUGAAGCUUUUCGGAAAAGAGAUAUCCAGUGGAGAGAAGAUGAUGAACUGGGUGCUGAUCAUUGUCAGCGCCAUAAUGGCCGUUGUCAGUACUGUGUUUGCUUGCAUACCUAAAGAGCUCCUUGAGUCAUAG